UUGCUUGUUGAUGUGUUCCAUUAGAUUAUUUAAUUGAUUUUAUUUUACAUUUAGGCAUAUAAAACCGAUAGAUUAUCUUAGUUUUUAAUGUAUAAGUGAAUAUCCUUGAAACCCUAAUAUCAUCCAUCGUCGAAGAUGGAUUUCCAAAAUAGACCGGGAGGAAAGACUGGUGGUGGAGGAGUAGCAUCAUGGUCGGAGAGCAACAGGGAUCGCCGCGAGAGACUCCGGCAGCUCGCUUUAGAGACUAUUGACUUGAAUAAAGAUCCUUAUUUUAUGAAAAAUCAUUUGGGUUCAUACGAGUGUAAAUUGUGUUUAACUUUACACAACAAUGAAGGCAGCUAUUUGGCACACACCCAAGGGAAGAAGCAUCAGGCUAACUUGGCCCGACGAGCUGCCAAAGAGGCCAAAGAGUCUCCUCAGCAGCUUGCUCCUGAAAAGCCGAGGAUUGAACCCAAAAAGUUUGUUAAAAUUGGUCGCCCUGGAUACCGAGUAACUAAGCAAAAGGAACCUGAGAGUGGACAACAGAGUUUGUUGUUUCAGGUUGACUAUCCAGAGAUUGCUGAAGGAGUGGCACCUAGACACCGGUUCAUGUCUGCUUAUGAACAAAAGAUUGAGCCUCCAGACCGUAGGUGGCAAUAUCUGCUCUUUGCUGCAGAGCCGUAUGAAACUAUAGCCUUCAAAGUGCCUAGCAGAGAAGUGGAGAAACAUGACACCAAGUUUUGGACUCAUUGGAACAAGGACACAAAGCAGUUUUUCCUGCAGUUUGCGUUUAAAAUGGAGCCUUUGCGCUUGCUGCCUCCGCCCAAGAUGUGGGAUAAUCCUGGUAUGCGCAUGCCGCCGCCGCCCGGGACGCCAAUGAUGGGGCUGCCGCCGCCGCCGCCGUUGCUGCCGGUACCGCCACCACCUCCUUCCAUGUAAAAAUGAAGUAUUUGAAUGGGUUUGAAAUAUAAUAUUAUGUAAGGAA